AUGCUGAGUCUUGAUAAGACAAAAGAACUCAUAUCGAUCAUUACAAACACAACAGAUACUUUAUCUAACCUGCAAACAACCCUUAAAUCCGCUAUGGAUAUGAAAAAUACAGUAAUUUCGCUAAAAUAUUUAUCAAUUUUAUUAGCAGACGGUGUUUUAGAUCACCAGCAGCAAAUUGUUACUGUCUGGAUAAUAUACAAGUCAUUCGAAACAGAAUCAUUUGAUGAACAUCCAUUCAAACCGCUUUUUUCAUACAUAUUCGAUAUCAGGCAAAGCAAACCUAACACAUACAGCCCUAAGUUAUACGAUAUUCUCGGAUGCAUCUUAUCAAAUCACAAUGUUGAUGAUAUUGGUGACUAUUCUGUUAGCCAGAUUCUUGGACCAAAUUUUUCACUUUCUGCACCAGAACCUUCCGACGUCCAUAUCGGAAAAUAUAAUUUUACUCGUCUUUCGCCUCUCAUUAUUGAUCAAAGCGUAUCAGAUGAACCAAAAAUUAGCCAAAUUGAUGUUUUAACAGAACUAAUGCAAAACGUAUCAUACUGCUCCGACUUUGAUCCUCCUUACAUUCGUCCAGAGCCAGAGCUUUCACCAUUAUUUGAGCACGAGCUUGAACAAACAUUUAUUGUUUCUGGAUCUGAGCCAAUGAUGAUCUUUGAUGAAAAUCAUUCUGCAGAAUCCACAAACGUUGCCAAGAAACUACUUACUCGCGCAUCCAAAUCGCCUCUUUCUGCUACAGAAACAAAGAAUUUGUGCAACCACAUUGCAUCCGAUCCUUCGAUCUUAGACGAUUUUAUCGAUGAUAAGAGUAUUAUAGAGAUACUUGAUAUGAAUCCACGUAUUGUAGAAAUAGCAAUUAAAACAAACGCACCAAAAUACGCUCAAUAUAUCGAUUCUAUACUAAAAGUACCACUUUCUGAUGGAACAACCGAUGUUAUCCAAGCUAUUAUACUUUCUUCUUCAGAUAGAUUAACUUCUUUACGUACUUUUUGCAAUACAAAUAUUACAGCAAUCAGAUCGGCGCGAGAUAACGUCGGUGCUCAGAAAAUUGCUAGACUAUUUUGUAAAUUGCUUACAGAUCUGAUAAAAGAUGGAAUUAAAUUAGAUGGAACACUAACUAUGUCUAUUGCGUCAUUUUGUGAUGAUAUGAGGCGUAGAAAUAUCAAAGAAGCUGUAGCCCUUCAACAGACCCUGAAAACAGAUUAG